AUGAACUACAAAUUAGUUGAAGAUGAAGAAAACUAUAAAAUUCUUAGCUAUCUUAAACAAAAGUAUUAAACUUGUUAAGUAGAUAUCUAUUAAUAAAAACUUUUUCCUGAUUUUUACGAUUUAAUUAGUAGAUAUGCUAAUGAAGAAUUAGUUGAUUUAUGCGAAAAAUUAAAAGAUUAAAUUGAAGUUAAGCAAUCAAGCAUGUUAGUUAUUGAUAAAAAAAUAGAAGGAAUCCUAAUUGAAAAAAAUUAAUAAGAAAGAGAAAAAUAUAAAUUAGCUGUGGAAAAUGUUUCUAAGUUACUUUACAUUGAUAUUGUACCAUUAUUACUAGAUGAUUUAGGCUUUACUAAAGAAAAUAUUAUUUAGCCAUUUAGCAAAAACUUUUAGUUAAACAUAAAUUUUGAAAAUUUAGAUUAAACUUUAGUUAGAAAUAACUCAGAAAUAUACUAUGAAAAUGAAAUUAAUUUAAAUGAGCUUCAAGAUUUAUUAUAAAGAACUUAAAGUCUUAUUGAAAAAAUAAUCAAAAAUCUUACAGAUGAUUAUUCAUAUAAAACUAAAUUUUACUUGAAGUACAAUGAUAUUCGUUUUAUCACUAAUAACCUAGCUCACUCUAUAUCAGAACUUGCUAAAAAUGAUAAUAUUACUCACAUGAAAUAUUAUGAUAUGGAGUUUUAAAUUUCUGAAUUAUUUUAUCUUAAAUUAUCAAUUCUUUAAAUAUGUUAAUAAAUGGUAGAAAUGAUGUUAAAUUAAUAUGAAAGGAUUAAUUAAGUUGAGAUUGACUAUUAAAAAAAAAUAGAUUAAUUGAGGAAUAUGUAUUCUUUUGAUUUAAUUGAAUUCUUUGAGAAAUGCAAAAAUAGAACUGAUGAUUUUACAAAAUAAUAACUCUAUGAAGAGAUAAAGAAUCUAUUACCAAAUUGGAAUUUCAGUGAAAAAAAAUAAUUAAUAACUUUAUCAGAAAUGGAAUAAAGCAUUUUAAAUGAAGAAAAUGAUGAAAUUGAAGAAGCAUAUUUACAUACUUAUAUGAAAGGGUAGGAUAUUCCUAUUACUUCAAAAAAAUUUCAGGAAAAUUUAAGUUUAUAAAACAAUUAAUUAGUAGAAACUUAAAAUUAUAAACAAGAAAUUCCUCAAAUUGAAUAACAUACACUAAAACAACAAGAAACUCAACAAUUUUUGAAGUAUAUUUAGGAAGAAUAAGAAACUUAACUGUAUAAAUUAAUGUUUAAAAAUAGAUAUUCAGCAAACUAUAGUGAUUAAUUAAACGAGUAAACUGUUAUAAUUUAAGCUUUUAAGGAUCUAAUAAAAUCUUAAGAUUCAAGUUUUAAUAAUUUAUUUUCAAAUAAAAAUGCUAACUUAAAAAAUUAAGAUGAAUAAACCAUAAGCUAUAAAAUUGAAAAUAUGUAAGAAAAAGUCUUAAAUAAAUAAAAAAUAUUAAGUUAAGAAUAAAAAUAUAAUUUUGAAUUAGAAGAUUAAUAGAUAAGAACAAGUUUUUAUACAUAAAAAUAAAAUAAUUUAGAUAUCUAAAAUGCUACCGUUGACUUUUAAUUAAAAAUUAAAUUAAAUCAGAAUGAUAAAUAAGAAGAAGAAUAAAAAAUUGUAAAUUAUAGUUAAGCCUAAUCUUCUAUUUAAAAUAAUUCAUUAAAUGAAUAGGCUUCAAUUAAGGAAAACAAUUUCCCAUAAAUAUAAAGCUUAAUAUUUAAAAAAUCUAAUGAUUUGCAUAAAAUAGGCCAUUUAGGAAAAGGUGGUCAGGCAGGUGUCGAAUUCUAUUAUGAUUUUAAACAAAAGAAAAGAUAUGCUCUCAAAAAUUUCAAAAAUUAAUUUGAGUAUUUAAAAGAAAAGAAUACUCAUAUCAACUAUCUUUUAGAAGAUAAAAAUCCAAAAUUAUCUUCAUAUGUAUGCCAACUUGUAUCUUUUGAUGAUCAAAAUUGUCAGAUCUUAUUAGAAAUUGGUCUUUGCAGCUUAUAAGAUGCAUUUAAAAUUUAAAAAAAAAAUAAUUUAUAAAUUAGCAUAAAUUAUUUUGUGAAUAUUUUGAUUAAAAUAAUAUCUUUUAAUAUCUAAAUGAACAAAAUUGGUCUGUAUCAUAGUGAUAUUAAACCAUCAAAUAUGGUCUUAUACCUAGAUCAAAAUGAGUUAUCUUCUCAGUAUUAAUUUGGAUUCAAGUUAGUAGACUUUGAGAAUAUUUAAUUAAAGUUUAUUGAUUUUGCAAGCUGCUCAAAUGAUCCUGAUUAUUAUUAUGAAUAUUAAACUCCUAAAUAUAAAUACUAUGGAUAUUAGAACUAAAAUAUGAAUUUUAAAAAAAUAUUAUUUGCAGAAACAUAUAGCGCAUGUAAAUCUAUUUACUUCUUGCUUGAUGAAUAAUUAUAGAAAAAGAUGGGAACUAUUUCUUAUGAUAAUUAAUUAGAAAAUAUUUUAUUAUAAGAAGAAUUAGAAGAAAAUAAGUUGUUAUUUUUCUUACAAAUGUUCUUAUGCGAUAAUGAAGCAUAAAUCAAGAUGUCUUAAGUAGGGGUAUCAGUAGAUGAACUUAUUUAUUUGACAGAAAAGUAUUUAGGGAAAAUAAGUGAAUUUAAUAAAAGUUUCAAAUGUAAUUUUAUAAAUGCGUAUUAAGUAGGAUAAUGGUAAAAAAUUUCUGAAAUAAAAAGUGCAUCAAUUAAUGACUCAGUAGAAUAUUAAAUUUUUAAUGCCUUUGCUUUUAUAAACAAACUUGAUGAAAUAUUUAGUUAAGAGAAAUCUCAAAAUGAAAUUUAUGAAAUAGCAAACAUAAAAACUAAAAAUGUUAGAAAUUUUAAUUAGGAAAACGAUUAAAUAUUAUAGAUUGCAUUAGAUAUCUUUCAAUCAAUUACUGAUGAAGUAAGCGUCAAUCCAAUAGAACUUAUUGAGAGAAUUUAUUUAUUAGAUAUAGAAAUAUAAUAACAACACAGCUUAAUUUAUGAGUUUUUAAUAACUAUUAUUUUAGAGAAAUAAAAAGAUUUUGAUGAAUAAACUGCAUUCAUCAAAUUUAAAAUUUAAUGA